GCCGAGUCCAGUUCCAGGUUGCAGUAGCUGUGUGGAGGUGGAGGUCGCGGUCGGCGGCGCUGUGUGUCUGUAGUGAGUUUAAUGGUGAACCCGUGUAAACCGAGUUUCACACGGCUUUGUUUCGAGGACAUAGUGCUUGUUUUAUGAAUUAGUAGAGUCAGCAAUGUCGCAAGCGUCUUCGGGUUUUAACCCGACUUCCCAUGAGGCACAUCGGACCCCGCAGGGUCCUCUAGGAUCAGCCUACAUUCCCACUGAGGAUGAGAAGCGUGUCUUCAGAGAGUGUAAUCGCGAGAGCUUCUACUACCGAUCGCUGCCAUUGUCAGCCAUAGCAAUCGCAGUCACUCAGGUGAUGGUGUCUAGAGGAGUGUUAUCACCAUCUCCGAGAUUUGGGUCCCUACCAAAAGUUGCAAUUGCUGGCCUGUUUGGCUAUAUGGGAGGAAAGGUGUCUUACAUGAAGACUUGUCAAGAGAAGUUUAAAAAACUAGAGAACUCUCCACUCGGAGAGGCACUUCGGCAAGGACACCUGCGCCAUGUACCCCCUGAGCUGAACCAGUCGGAAUUUGCAGAUCCAAAUCAAGCAGCUCCUCAGCAAUCGGGGUUUGAGACGGCAUUCCAGCCCACAGAGGAGGCCAACUCUCAGCCAAAUCCCUACAGCAGUUACUCUAGUGACUAUCCCUAUAGCAGCCCAUCUUCGUCUUAUGACCCCGCGCCUUUCAGCUCUGGACUAAGUGAGCCUGCACUGUAUAGUUCAAGGGAUGAUGUCGCCCUUCAAGGUCCACCUUACCAGGAAGAUGAUGCUCCUAAGAAAAGAACAGUACUGUACGAGGAGCUGCGCAAUAAAAACAGGGAGAACUAUGAGGUCACCCUCACGCAGAAGGCUGAAACUCAACUGAAACCACAGGCUGAGGUGACGACACCAAAGGCAGAAGUUAAAAAGAACAAGUAUGGUGACGCUUGGGAGGAGUAAGUCAGCCACGGAGCUCCAACUUCCCUACAAAUCCUGUGGGGUGAGAGCAAGUCAGCGAUUUAUCCAGUGCAGUACAAUGCAGCUGUUUUAGAAGGAAACCCAGAGCAGCAUUUGGGGUCUGCUUCUGAAAUGAAAAUAAAUAGCAAUAUUAAUGGGUUUUAAA